AUGUCUGAUUUGGCCGCAUCGGUAGCAGAAAUCAGCAAGCCUCUUGUACUGGUACUCAACCCAAAUCUCCGUGUCGUCAACCCUGGGCAGCUAGAAACCAGCAAGAAGUGGCAGGUUCAGCGGGAUUCCACGAAUCUAGAUCCAAUGUGGAACGAUGUCCACCUCAACUUCCUCGAUGGCAAGAUUUGGAGGCCAUCUUUUCACAGAGAAACAACAUUUCAUAACAGACCAGGGUCCAUUGUCAAUAAUCUUGCUGUCCAUUUCUUCAUCUAUAACUGUUAUGGAGAAAAGUUUCUAGGCAAUCACAGCACCAACAAGCUUCGGCCUUUCUUCAAAAUUGGAUAUUCCCAGCGCCUCCUCCAAGUGCUCACUGAGUUCGUCAAGCGUGGGUCUGGUCCGUUCACUCCUUUGGCUACUUCUUUUGAUCUCGCUCAUUGUUGGUGUGAGGUUACUUUCUGGAUAGACUAUGGUCUUUUGAAACGGUUUGGGCUUGAUGUGGUGCAGAUGCUUAUGAUUCUUGAAGGUGUGAUGAAAGUAAAUGGCUAUAGCCGUUAUAUAUAG